GAAAGGACCGCAUAACUCCUGGUGCAGCAAAGAGGUUCUCCUUCUGCAAGACACUUGCUGGACUCCUGAGAAAUUAUUUUCAAUAACAUGGCAGAGAAGGAUUUCAUCAGUUGGCAUCUGCUGGCUUUAUUUUUUCUUCCAUUUUGCCUGUGUCAAGAUGAAUACAUGGAGGUGAGCAGAAGAUCUUAUAAACCAGUGGCCAAAGUAUUGCAAAGUCACCACCAGACUGGCCAUAAAGGUUCCAGAAGCAGGGAAAUAUUGAAACAGCGGAGUCAACUUAUAGAGUGGACUGUUGCUAAUAGCACUUCUACAGACCAAAAAGUCCUGAGACCAGAGGUAGAUGAUGUAGAACUGACUACCUCAGAUAGAGUCCAGCCCCCACAAACGGGACCGCAGAAUCCAGACUGCAGUACCUGCUGCCGUGGUGAUUUUGGUGUUCGACUCUACCAAGGGCCCCCAGGACCUCCCGGGCCCCCUGGGAUGCCAGGAAAUCAUGGAAACAAUGGAAAUAAUGGAGCAACAGGCCAGGAAGGAGCCAAAGGUGAGAAAGGAGACAAAGGAGAUAUGGGACCGAGGGGAGAGCGUGGCCAUCACGGACCCAAAGGCGAGAAGGGUUACCCUGGGAUUCCCCCAGAGCUGCAGGUUGCAUUCAUGGCUUCCAUGGCUACACACUUCAGUAACCAGAACAGUGGCAUCAUCUUCAGUAGUGUUGAAACCAAUGUCGGCAAUUUCUUUGAUGUCAUGACUGGUAGAUUUGGAGCUCCAGUGAACGGGGUGUAUUUCUUUACCUUCAAUAUGAUGAAACAUGAAGAUGUGGAGGAAGUGUACGUGUACCUAAUGCAUAAUGGCAAUACUGUUUUCAGCUUAUAUAGCUAUGAAUCAAAAGGGAAAGCAGACACUUCAGGAAACAGUGCGGUGCUAAAACUUGCCAAGGGAGAUGAAGUUUGGCUGCGAAUGGGAAAUGGAGCCCUCCACGGGGACCACCAACGCUUCUCCACUUUUGCUGGGUUUCUUCUUUUUGAAACGAAGUAAAAAAAGAAACAACCAAAAAGAUAUUCAUCUGAGGAAGCUUCUUUUUUGAGCUAACAUUUUUCUCUGGACUACGGAAUAGCAUUAUGGUGAAAAAGAUCAAGAAGGCUUGUUUGGAUGCAGCGCGUUGCUAUUUGUGUAUCAGAGAUGAGCUGAAUACAUUGGGUAGUUGACACGAUUACAGAUCCGCAGAAGAUAUAUUGUCAUCUAGGUUGCAUCUAAUGGAGUAUUAAAUGUUGCUAUUGCUCUCUUCACCAACGUAACUGAAAAAGAAAGGCAAAGGAGUUUAACAUGAUUUAGAGAGCAGUUUGCGCAGUUAAGUCAAUUUUGUCUGUAAAUACACUUAAUUGUACGUCAGGAAUUGAACAAUGGAUUCAUGGUUUUUUGUUCCUUUAUUCAGUCCUUUUUACACGUUCAUUUAAGCUUGCAUUAUGGAAACAGGCCUGAAUGAGUUAUAAGUAAGCUCAGCUGAGAGCAGAUUUACAGGAGGAAGGCCUAGAAAGAACUUUACAAAUAGGAGAAAAAAUGUGAAAAUAAAGAUGUCAAGAAUUCAGGUUUAUUGCAUUGCCAUCUCAAACCU